AUGGAUGCUGACCCGAACAUUGAUGUGAAUAGUAGUGACAUUACCAAGAUUGUUCUAUCAUAUCUUGUGCACAAUUGCUACAAAGACACGCUUGAGUCUUUCAUUGCUUGUACUGGGGAGGAACAUACCAUUAGUCAUGUUGAGGACUUGGAGAAAAGAAAACAAAUACACCAAUUUGCAUUGAACGGGAAUGCAUUGGAGGCUAUCAAGUUGACAGAAGAAUAUACCCCUGGCUUGUUGGAUGCGAAUGAGGAUUUGCAUAUUGAUCUAUUGUCACUUCAUUUUGUUGGGCUUAUUCGCUUGAGAAAAACUGACGAGGCUCUUGAAUUUGCAAACUCCAAGAUGGCUCCUUUUGGGAAAGAGCAGAGACUUGUUCAAAAGCUUGAAGACUGUGCCGGUCUUCUUGCAUAUCAGGAACCCGAGAAAUCCCCACUGUUCCAUCUUUUAAGCCCGGAACAUCGACACCACGUAGCCAACAGUUUAAACAGAGCAAUUCUUGCUCAUACUCAGCAACCCAGCUACUCAGCAAUGGAAAGGCUAAUACAGCAGACAACCGUGGUUAGACAGUACUUAAAUCAAGAAUUCAACAAGGAUGGGCAUCAUCAACCUUUCUCUUUGGAGGAUUUUCUCAAGAGCUAA